AUGUGCUACGACCGCUACGUUGCCAUCUGCAAACCCCUGCACUACGGGACCCUCCUGGGCAGCAGAGCUUGUGCCCACAUGGCAGCAGCUGCCUGGGCCACUGGCUUUCUCAAUGCUCUGCUGCACACAGCCAAUACAUUUUCCCUGCCCCUGUGCCAGGGCAAUGCCCUGGGCCAGUUCUUCUGUGAAAUUCCCCCCAUCCUCAAGCUCUCCUGCUCACACUCAGGCUACCUCAGGGAAAUUGGGCUCAUUGGGGUUACUGCCUGUUUAGUGUUUGGUUGUUUCAUUUUCAUUGUUUUCUCCUAUGGGCAGAUCUUCAGGGCUGUGCUGAGGAUCCCCUCUGAGAAGGGACGGCACAAAGCCUUUUCCACGUGCCUCCCUCACCUGGCCGUGGUCUCCCUGUUUGUCAGCACUGGCACAUUUGCCUACCUGAAGCCCCCCUCCAUCUCCUCCCCAUCCCUGGAUCUGGCCCUGUCUGUUCUGUAUUCUGUGGUGCCUCAAGCAGUGAACCCCUUCAUCUACAGCCUCAGGAACCAGGAGCUCAAGGAUUCCAUAAGAAAAAUGAUGACUGGAUGCUUUUCAGGAGCAAUAAAGUGUCAGUUUCUGGUGUGUAGCAUUCAGAAGGGGACUCCUUAA